GACGGUGCGAGCAAACGGCAGAACAGCGAGAGAAACGCAAAACGUUGGAAAGCCGAGAUCUUCGAGCGGAUCAUUGAGCCCACGUCCAAAAUCAAGACCUUCUUGCAAGAGUUCGUCCCGUCGAAACAGAAGACCUUCAACUGUCCCGAUACACAAUUCAUGGCGGAAGUUCCGACUGACAAAGGAAAGGAGUUGAAGAUGUAUAGGCCGCUAGUGGAAGGCCUCACAAGCCUGGUCCGCAACAUUCCCGACGACAGGCGGCCUACGUUUAACAACCAUGCCCAUCAAACCAUGCGAUUCCCGUUCGCGAUGUGCGACUACGCAGAGCACUCCACGAUGCCAGAUGUUAUAGCGACAAUACCGGGGCUUCCAUACAUCCCGCCUGCUGAUCGCUGGAGGAAUGUCGCGCUUGUAUUCGAAGCCAAAGCUACUGCCGAGCAAGACCCGAUGGUGCGGCAUGCGGCUGAGCAUGAGGAGACGCUCAUCCAGCUGGCGAAGAGUGCGCGUAACAUCAUGUUCGCGCAGGGACGAUUGUUCGCGUUCGUGGUUGGGAUCUAUGGACACCAGGCACGCAUCUUCCGAUUCGAUCGAGCAGGGGCUGUAUGUUCUCCGUCGUUCAACUACGCAGAGAAUCCCAAGCUCCUGCACGAGUUCUUAUGCCGCUUCCUCAACCCUACGCUCAAAGCUUGCGUGGUAGUCGGCGGCGAUCCCACGUCCAAUCUUGGCACCCACGAGGAGCGUACGAAGGCGCAGGAGCUGGCGGCCGAACACGACCCCUCAUACAAGUAUACGCAGGAAAGCAGGAAGGCGGUUCGUAAAUUCGUGGUGACGGAGGGCAAAGUCGAGAAGACGUAUCUAGCCUACAAGCUGAUAUCCGUCAAUCCACGGCUCUUCUCGCGCGCGACGACGAUCUGGGAGGCGUUCGAACUCGACGAGGCGGGCGAGGCGACGGGCAGGCGCGUCAUCAUCAAAGAGGCAUGGCGGCAGUUUGUACGGCCAUCGGAGAUAGACUUUUAUCUCAUGGUGCAAGAGACUAUGGAGGAGGCGGAGGAAGGUGCAACAUUAGCGGAAUACGGGGUUGCCAAGCUCGUGUGCAGCGAUGAUCUAGGCUUGCGCGAGGCCAAGGCCCUCAAUAUGAAGGCCAAACCGAGGGCCAAGGAAACGGAGUAUGUUGGCGAUUUCCCGAGGCUGAAGGUGCCUUGCGCGCGUGUACUGGGUCACCGGACUGUCUCUGCCGGGCGUUAUAAGAAGGGACUUGAACAUGUCGAACGAGCCCAGAUGCGGCUCGUUUUCGAGACCAUUGGAAAGCCAAUUAUCGAUUUCGACUCGACGUACGAGUUGGUUAGUGCUCUCCGUGACGCAAUUGAAGGGCAUCGACGAGCGUACGAGGCUGGAGUCAUUCACCGUGACGUCAGUCGUGGCAACGUCAUGAUAGGCAGGAGAGCGGACGGAACCUCCUUUGGCUUCAUUCAUGACUUCGACUAUGCGUCCAACUGGAGGGCGUUCUUGGCGAAGGUGGAGACGCUGGCCGAUUUGAAGAGCUGGGAAGAACACGCCCGGAAGGAAUAUGGACGCGACUGGCAGAAACGGUGGGGCAACAGCGAUGCCAAUUCUGGUGACGAGUUACCAACGGUGGUGCGGCAUUCCGAUCGCAAUCGCAAGCAACAUACGUCCCGUGAUCUGAACAACGAGCGAGCCCACCGCACAUCGCGCAACUCGCGUGCUCACCAACCACCAAGCGGUUCCAAGAAGGACGAACACGGACAAGCAGCUACGGCAGAUCCGAACCUCGAUCAUAAGCAACGCACAGGGACUCUGCAUUUCAUGGCUGUCGAGGUACUUGAUCCGGGAUUUAACGUUACGCACGAAGCUCGACACGACCUUGAAUCCUUCUUCUGGCUGCUGGUAUGGAUAAUCCUCCGUCACACAGCAUACGAUAAGCCCAACAGUGACCAAGCAUGGCACGCGCUUUUCGAUGGGACGACCAUAGACAGCUGCCAGUCGCUCAAGAUGAAGUGGCUGAUUGGCCCACCGUACCCUAUCGAGAUAGAGGACAAUCCGAUGCUUGCCUGGCUUUUGGAGCGUUUUCGGAAACUCUGCCAGAAAAACUUCAACAGCCCUGAUCUGGCGAAGCAGUGCAUGACGCACAAGGAUGUUCUUGAUCUGUUCAAUCUUGCUCUGCAGGAUCGCGAUGCAUGGCCUGAGAAUGACCGCGCGAAACCAUGGACUCCGCCUAAACGCGAUGCGCAUGAAACUGCUGCUAUGGCGAAGCGGUCAGGGCAACUCCGCACGAAGGGGACCCUCACCUAUACCUCUCAGGGCGCGGGGCGCAGCGCAUCUCAGCGCGAUACACGUCGUCGAGCAGAGAAGCGCCCCGCAGCUCCGAGCCCUACCUCCGACUCGGACGCCCAGUCUGACGAUGGACAGGCGGGUGCAAACGUGCCGGAUGUAGGUACUUCCAAGCGUGGAGCGACAUCAGGUGCAGGUCGAGGCAAGCGACAGCCUGCUGGUCUGCAUGCCUUGACUGUAUCGCCCUAUACAUCAGGAGGCCACGAAGUCCCGCCUUCGACCAACAGCGACUCGGCGGGGAGGCAAGGUAGACGAGGUUCGGGAAUCCGCGAGGAGCACGUCUCGCAAGAUGGGACCCCCGCCCGCUCCAAGGACCCGCUCUGGAGGCUCGCAGACCCAGUCUUCAAGCCGUCCUGCUACCGAGCAAGAUGUGAGGCCGAAGAGGGGGAGUAG